CACGUAAUGGGCCUGACAAGUGAAUAAGACUGGACUUAAGUGGUGGGCCCAUCCUCCGCUCCAUGAUUCUCACAUUUUUUAUACCAAAAAAAAAGGUAGAGCGAGGGAAAUGAGAUGCCCUGUCGUAUUCCCUCCCCCUCCCCCCCCAACAUUGCUGGUGAUAUGUGCUCGUAACAGGUACGAGGGAAUAGAAAAAGGAAGCAAGCUUUGAUAAAUGAAGUGAGAACAAAAGGGGUUGUGAAUGGAGCCAGAUUUAUUUACGGCGGCAGCCAUUACAGAAACCAGAAAGACGGCAAGAGUUUUGUCUUUUUCAUACACCUUUUUCUUGUGGUUGUAGGGAUGAUCAUUCGCUGGUCGCACACUUUGACUGCCUCAAAUAUGAAAUGAAAUAAAAUAGGAUCUACUUUUCAAAUUCACCCACAAAAUCUUCUCCCCUGUUUUAAUGAAGGAAUCGUCAUGGAGUGGGUUUCGCUCCAAUCCAAGUUUGCAGCUGUAAUAGACUAGCAUCUAUCUAUAUUGCUUCGAGAGGAUGCCAAGUGUUAUUAAUUUUUUCCUCCAACGUGGAAAAGUAACACAAGUCGUGUUGGAAGUGACAGGCGACAAAUGGUGGGCACAAUGGAGUGCGAGUGAAAUGGACGUACGAGAUGUUUGAUGAGAAAGAAGAAGAGAUGUGGUAGGGAAGGGAAGGGAGCGGCGCGACUGAUUAUUAAAGAAAAGGAUUGUUGUGGAGCAGAUGCAACGCAUGUUGAGGAGGGGCUGUUAUUUGCGAUUGUGAGAAGGAAUUAAAGGAAUUUUGGCUUUUCAAGUGAAAACAACGCAUGCGGUCGUAAAUAAGUGGUUGGAAGAACAGGGGAGGGAAGCCAUUCAUUCGUUGUAGAAUUAAAUAGGCCAUCGUCUGAGCACCACAUAAAUUUGCUCGGUCAUUUCACGUUGGAGCCAUCAUUGGCAGCUUUCACGUUCCUCUCUUACCCCGUUGCUGCGUACAUACUCUGGCAUCCCCCUGACUCUGACUCGUUGGAUCCAUCCUCUUCCCAGAAUCUAUUAAAUCCAUCAUUCACCCACUCUGUUUCCCACCACCGUACCUUUUUAAGCUUUUUUAAUUUUCUUCCCCACUCUACACUAACCCAGAUUUGAAACCUCCCCUACCAUAUCUCUUCUUUCUUCUCAUCCUUCCUACUCAUUCUCUACGUCACCCCUCUCUCUCUCUCUCUCUCUCUCUCUCGCCGGGUUUUCUUUAAUGUCGUAUGAUUUUGUUAGAUUUUCCUAACCCAUCCCCUGUAUUCCGGCCUUGCUUUCAGUUAAAAACUCGCCGACGCCAAAUAUUAUAAUUCUCGUCUCCCGCUACUUUUACCACUUGCUCAAAUCUCUUUGCUUUCUCGCUUUUACUUCCACUGAAUUCCUUGCGUCAUCUUCUAUAUAUCGAGCUUUUCUCUGUUCUCCCUCAUCUGCAUAAUUGGCAUUUUCACAGUCAAUUGGCGAGGAUUCGAAAUGAAGAUUACCCACGAGGAAACCUCCGAUAAGGAUUUCGACUCGGAGGAUUUAAUUCCCGGAUUGCCCAAUGAAGUCGCGCGGCUUUGUCUUCUUCAUCUUCCUUAUCCCUACCAAGCGUUGGCGCGUUCCAUAUCGUCAUCUUGGAACAGAGCCAUCACCGACCCAACUUUCCUCCUCUCCAAGAAAUCCCUCUCUCUCUCCAGGCCUUAUCUGUUCGUGCUGACCUCCCACAAAUCAACGGCCAGGAUGCAGUGGCAAGCCCUCGACCCCUCAUCGGGCAGUUGGUUCGUCCUGCCCCCCAUGCCCUCUCCUAAACCCUUGUGCCCACAGAGCUUUGCAUGUGCCUCGCUGCCACGUCAAGGAAAACUCAUCGUCAUGGGCGGCAUGCGGAGGGACACACAGACUCCCAUGGACUCCACCUUCGUGUACCGCACAACCACCAAUCAAUGGUCCCAAUUAUCCCCCAUGCCGACCGCCCGGUCCUACUUCACCGCUGCCGAGAUCGACGGCAAGAUCAUGGCCGUAGGGGGGACCGGGGCCCGCAUGUUGAACUCAAUCAAAGAAGCGGAAAUCUACGACCCGGAAAGAGACGCCUGGGAGUCGCGUUCUAGGAUAGAGGCGAAGAUGGGGAAGUACGACUCGGCGGUAAUGGGAGGGAGGCUGUAUGUGACGGAAGGCUGGACGUGGCCAUUCAUGUUCUCACCGAGAGCGGCGGUGUACGACGGAGGGAGUGACAGGUGGGAGGAAAUGAGGCAGGGGAUGAGGGAAGGGUGGACGGGGGUGAGCGCGGUGGUGGAGGGGAGGAUGAUAACGAUAUCGGAGUACGGGGACUGUCCGGUGAAGGCGUACGAUGAGGAAAGGGACGUGUGGGAGUACGUAAAGGGGGACAGGUUCCCGAGGGAGAAGCUGGAGAGGCCACUGACAGUGAGAGGGGAGGAAGGGAGAAUCUACGUGGUGGCGUCGAAACUGAACGUGGGGAUCGGGAGGGUGGAGGUUGAAGUGGACAGAGAGAGAGGGAAGGAGGUGGUGAAGGUGACGUGGGAGGUGGUGGAGGCGCCUAAGGCUUUUGCAGCGUUAACUCCUUGUAGUUCUCAGGUGCUCUAUGCCUGAAUUAUCUG